AUGGGCCAAAAGGAAAAGGGAGGCUCGUGGGACGGCAUUUUCCUUUUCUUCUUGCUUCCAACUGUGUCACGGUGCUCCAUCGUGCUUCUUCACACGCUUUGCUUUCUUCACGCCGCGGCGACGGCUCUUGCUAAACCUCCCCCGCCUCGCUCUGCCAUUGCCCUGAGCGGUGAGGGAGAGCUUACGCCUAGGGACGUGCACGCCAAAGAAAGAGGGGUGGGGAAAAAAAAGAAGCGGCCAACGAUGGACGCCCUAAAUCCCAUGACUGAGGCCCAGCGGCUCCAAGAGGAGCAGGAGAUACGUGAGCGUGACAGGAAACGCCAGCUGGAGAAGGAGGAGCGUGAGCGACGCGCGGCCCGGGAGAGGGAGGAAGCGGAGCGUAAGAGGCGUGAGGAGGCUGAACGUCUUCUUGAGGAGGAGAAGCGACGCAUCAAGCAGGAGGAGGAGUGGCGCAGGCUUGGGACAGAUACCAUACAGAACCUUCCCCCCGUGCCGCCCUCCAUCGUCAGCGACGGUCUGGUACAGGCAUGGUACCUGGACGACGAAACUUCAAAGCCGGCGCUUCGCAUCGCGAGCCUGAAGAAGGGAAGGAAGCGUGACACCCCGCUCGUGUCGCUGCAGCAACUAAAGGAGCUUGGCGUUGUUUACUUCAAUAUAAACUUGAAUGACUUUUCCAUUGUGAAGCAGUUGGUGAAGGAACGCCUUUAUAAGCAUACGGAUGAGGUGCAUAUUUCACAGACAUGUAAAGAUGAUACGUUUCUGGAGCGUUGGUUCCAGGAACACUACAACGAAGACGAGCAGAUCCGCAUCGUGAUUGACGGAUCCUGCUACUUUGAUGUACGCUCCAAGCAAGACAAGUGGAUUCGCAUUCAUGCCAAAGUUGGUGACUUGUUUGUUUUCGCACCCGGUCUGUAUCACCGCGGAACACUGGACGAGGACGACUAUGUUGCACUCUACCGCCUCUUCCGCGAUUCCCCACGUUUUGCUCCCUUCUUUCGCUCCGACGCACGGGCCGAGUCGCAAAAGGUGCGACUGAAUUAUUUAAUGUCACUCAAGAAGGGCAAUGUUGCCACAGAGCUUGGAUUUCGCUGA